CCCCGCGGAGGCCCCCCGAGCGGGGCAGCGGCGGCCCCUUCGGGCAACCCAGUGUCCAUGACGCUGUUCGCGGCCUGGGAAAUGGACGGCUCCGGCCCCCUCUGCGUCCCUCGGUUGUGCAGCCUGACUUUGAAGAAACUGGUGGUGUUAAAAGAAUUGGAUAAAGAUCUCACUUCUGUGGUAAUAGCUGUCAAAAUGCAGGGUUCAAAACGAAUACUACGGUCUCACGAAAUUGUACUGCACUCAAAUGGGCAUAUAGAAACAGAACUUGCGCUGACCUUUUCCCUACAGUAUCCCCAUUUCUUGAAAAGAGAAGGCAAUCAGCUUCAGGUCAUGCUACAAAGAAGGAAGCGGUAUAAGAACAGAACAAUUCUGGGCUACAAGACGCUGGCAGGAGGAUCAGUUAACAUGGCCGAGGUAAUGCAGCACCCAACAGAAAGUGGCCUGGUUUUGAGCCUUUUCAGCAGCAUCAAGGAAGCAAUAACCAAAGUAGCCGAGAUCUGGAUCUUCUCUCUGUCCAGCCAGCCAAUAGACCAAGAAGAAAGUACUGUACAGACAAGCCAGAAAAUCAAGUCAUCAGACAACUAUUCUGAAGAGGAAUAUGAAAGUUUCUCUUCUGAACAAGAAGCAAGCGAUGAUGCUGUUCAGGUGCAGGAUUUGGAUGAUGAUGACUAUGAGUUGGGGAAGCCAAGGAAGCAGCGGAGGUCGAUAGUAAGAACACCAUCCAUAACUAGGCAAAACUUCAAGCAAAAAGUGGUGGCUUUGUUGAGAAGGUUUAAGGUCUCAGAAGAGGUUUUUGAUUCUGAGCAGGAUCCAGCUGAGCAUGUUGCAGAAGCUGAAGAAGACCUCGACCUUCUCUAUGACACACUCGAUAUUGACAACCCUAGUGACAGCGGCCCCGACAUGGAAGACGAUGAAAGCGUUCUAAGCACUCCGAAGCCAAAACUAAAGCCCUACUUUGAAGGCAUGUCUCACUCAAGCUCUCAGACAGAAAUUGGGAGCCUCCACAGCGUUAGAAGCCAGAAAGAGCCACCCAGUCCUGAGAAUCUUGAGCAAGAAGAUACUCUGGAAACUGAACAACUUUCUUCUCUGGAUAUCUUCCUUGAAAAGCUUCCACCAAGUGGCAGAAUUACAAAGACAGAAUCUCUCAUCAUUUCUUCCAUUAGAUCCGAGGGGAAGCAGACCGGUCGCAGAGGCAGAAGCACAUCACUGAAAGAGAGGCAGCCAGCGAGGCAGCAGAAUGAACGGGCCAACAGCCUAGACAACGAACGGUCGCCAGACACCAGGCACCACUUGCAGAUCCCUAGGAAAACUGUGUACGACCAGCUGAAUCACAUCCUCAUCUCAGAUGACCACCUCCCAGAAAACAUUAUUCUUGUCAAUUCUUCUGACUGGCAAGGACAGUUUCUUUCAGAUGUCUUGCAAAAACAUUCUCUUCCAGUUGUCUGCACAUGUUCGUCUGCUGAUAUUCAAGCAGCUUUUAGCACUAUUGUCUCCAGAAUACAGAGAUACUGUAACUGCAACUCUCAGCCUCCCAACCCAAUUAAAAUUGCAAUUGCUGGAGCCCAGAAUUACCUCAGUGCUGUGUUGAGGCUCUUUGUAGAACAUCUGUCUUACAAAACUCCAGACUGGCUCAGCUACAUGAGGUUUCUCAUCAUACCAGUAGGGUCUCACCCAGUAGCACAGUAUCUGGGCUCGGUCGAUUACCGGUAUAACAACUUCUUCCAAGAUCUGUCCUGGAGAGACUUGUUUAACAGGCUCGAAGCUCAAAGUACUGUCCGGGAAUCGCCAGAUAUUGUCUCCCGAAUAACCCAAUAUAUAGCAGGAGCAAACUGUGCACACCAGUUACCUAUUGCAGAGGCCAUGUUGACAUAUAAGCAGAAAAGCCCCAAUGAAGAAUCUUCUCAGAAGUUCAUUCCUUUUGUAGGGGUGGUAAAAGUUGGAAUAGUUGAACAGUCCUCUGCAACAUCAGGUGACUCGGACGAUGCAGCUCCUUGUAGUUCACGUGUCAUUUCCUCUACCCCGCCUUCUGUGUCUCCUGCUGUGAAGGACUCUUCCCCCACCCCACCUUCUUCACCGUCUGUCACGGGCAGCUUUUCUUCCUCCAGCCAGAGCUUUGGUAUGGAGUUGAUGGGACUACAGGUGGAUUACUGGAUUGCAACUCAUCCCGUGGAGAAGAAAAGAGACGUAGAGAAAAAAGAUCCCUCUACUGCUAAGAACACACUGAAAUGCACUUUCCGGUCUCUCCAGGUCAGCCGGCUCCCUGCAAGUGGGGAAGCUGCUUCCAUGCCAGCUAUGUCAAUGACAGUUGUCACAAAGGAAAAGAACAAAAAAGUUAUGUUUCUGCCUAAGAAAACAAAAGACAAGGAAUUUGAUGCUAAGAGCCAAUGUAUUGACGGGAUCAGUCGGUUGAUUUGCACAGCAAAGCAUCAGCAAACUAUGUUACGGGUCUGGAUUGACGGAGUGGAGUGGAACGAUGUGAAGUUCUUCCAGCUAGCAGCACAGUGGUCUUCUCACGUCAAGCACUUCCCGAUCUGCAUUUUUGGGCAUUCCAAAUUUUAACGUGGCUGCGUUCAUAGGACAGUUUUGCCAGCAA